AUGACAUCUGCCGAACCCUUGUGUCGGUCUCCUUUCUACCUGGAGUCACUAUUUCCGGCCACUGGAGGGUUUAUUGAAGGCCGUUACUGCGAAACCUUCGGAAAUAUCUCAUGCUGCCUGCCAUGUCCUCUCGCCGACUGGAGAUAUGGCGAUAAUACCGCCCAAAAGGCCGCUGUCGCAGGUUGGAUCAGUGUCGCCAUCUUACCUCUCUGUGUCUUCCUCCUCAUUUCAUACGCCGUGCUUGCUCCCCAAAUGGACCAAUCGUCACUAUUUGAGUAUUUGCUUUACUCUGGGUAUCUGCUGCAUGGAGACCAAUGCUAUAACGCUAUUACACCUAAUGAUAUGUACACGGACCUCUCGUGCGCUUUCUCCGGCGCACUUCUGCUCUUCGGCGGCUGGAUGGUCGUCAUCUGGAGUUUUCUUCGCACAAUUGCAUUCCACCUACAGGUAUGCUGGGAAGUUGUCCUUGGACCCAAAUUCAUGUGGGGAGCCUUCCUCUGCGGCUUUGGGGUCCCAGCCAUCGGAAUCACGGUCAUGCUCAUCAUCACCGGCGUCUCCUUCCGAUUCGGUCAGAUCUGUCAUAUCAACAUUAAACAUGGUGAGCAGGACUACUGGUACCCCAUCAUGGCGUUCGCUGCAGCCGCACUCGUCAUGCAAUUAGCAACCAUGGCCUACUGUAUCCAUAUUUACCUCCGCUCGCUUUUCGACAAAUCAGGCUCGACUACUGAGAAUAGCUCCGGUCUCCCAACAUACACGUCCAGCAUCCGCACCCAGACCGCUCGCCAGGCCUAUCGCCGGGUCAAACGUGUACUGCAGCUGCAGUGGCGUGGAGUCGCCCUCGUGGUCAUCAUCAUCGCCAACGUCAUUUUCUUUGCCGUGGUGUUUAUCGACCUGGACCGUGAAAUUGCGCCUACGGUCGCCAACAUGGAACGUGCGGAACCCUGGCUAGGAUGUCUCCUGAUGGGUGGGACCAAAAAAGAGUGCAUGAAGUACGCAUCGGAGCUAGGCCCCAACGAGGCCACGAUUCUCGCCAUGAUCUACCUAUUAUCUUUAGUCGGAAUCUGGAACUUUGUUCUAUUCGCCCGGCCAUCCAUGUUCGCCGGCUGGCUCGAUCUGUGGCGGCGCGGCUUCAAAAGUCGGCACGAGUAUGUCUCAGCCGAUGCGAGCAAUCGUCAUGUCGAUAACAAGGGUUUCGAGAUGCUCACGACGAACUCGGUCAAGACCCCCGACCCAUACAUGCGAUCCCCUAGCCCCACUCAGAUGAUGGGACAGGGCCGGACCUCGAUGACCAGUCCCAGCCCAACAUUUGACCAAACUGUUCAUUUCGGGCAGGAGGCCCGCUACGUGCGCCCCUCGAUGAGUUUCAGCGGCCCGCGACCACCCAGUGCCUCAGGUUGGGAUCCGUCGUCGACCUUUGCUCACGGUCAUGUGCGAUAA